AUGGGCUCCACUUCGUCCGGUGGGUCAACGAGUCGCCCUAGUGGUGGAAAACACCCAAUGUACCGCGGUAUAAGGAGCCGAAGUGGCAAAUGGGUUUCAGAGAUUCGAGAACCGCGUAAAACGACACGUAUAUGGCUCGGGACUUACCCAACUCCGGAGAUGGCAGCUGCGGCUUAUGACGUGGCGGCAUUAGCCCUAAAGGGGAAUGAUACUAUAUUGAACUUCCCGUAUAAUAUUAGCUCAUAUCAGGUCCCUGUCUCUCCUUCGGCGUCUGAUAUUCAACGAGCAGCAGCCUCUGCAGCUGAGUUAAUGAAUCCAGAGACUACGAAGGAGGUGGCAGUUGAUGAGCCGGGAAAUGUUAUUGAUUCUGCUAACGCACAGAUUGUCACUAGUGGAAAUGAUUUUAUAGAUGAGGAGGCACUGUUUGAUAUGCCUAAUUUGCUGGUGGAUAUGGCGGAAGGAAUGCUGCUCAGCCCACCAAGAAUGCUGUCAGAUGACUCGUCGGGAAGUUUGAAUACCGAAAGUCUAUGGAGUUACUUUUAA